AUGAAAUCAUCAACUGGUAUUAAGCAGACCAGACUUUACUCCGUACACGAGAUCGUGGUGCAUUCAAUGUUGCUUUCUAACUUGACACGCCAAACAGGCCGGUCAGGCAUCACCUUUGCCUUAGCCGUCUGCCGCAGUGAAGUAUUUGAUGCGAAAUUGCAGACGACAGCAGCAUUAAAACUUUGCGACCUUGGCCGUCAGGAUUCUCUCACAACAUUGAGCAGUCAGGUUGCCCAGGUCCGGGUUUCAACUGCCACACCAACCCUGAAGUUGCACGACCUUCCACCCUUGAUAGUCGUGGCAGAAUGGUUUCCUUCGACCACACGUGACGAAGCAACACGUGGAUAUACGCCUGAUACGCUUUCCAAGCUGAUCGUUGCACAAGCUGUAGGUUUCGCAACUGGUGCGCAAACUUACUAUCUACCUACCUCCCUACCUACCUAUGUACUAGGUAGGUAG